AUGGAGGCAAGAGAUACAGUGUUAACUGGUCAUUGCUUCUUUGAUAAGAAACCCCUAAUUGUUAGGCCUUGGUCUGUGGAUAUGGACAUGGAAAAGGAAGAAGUACAGGUUAUCCCUAUUUGGAUCCAAUUGAGAUUGAACUUCAAAUAUUGGGGUGAAAAAGCUUUGUUUAAAAUAGUGGGGCAAAUUGGUAAACCAGUUAAGAGAGAUUCAGCCACUAUUAAUAGGGACAAGCUAGACUUUGCUAGAGUUAUGGUGGAAGUGCCAAUGAAUCAGAAAUUACCUGAGUCUGUUUCUUUUGUGAAUGAGCAUGGCAUGACAACUCAGGUGGAAUUGAGAUAUGAAUGGAGGCCAACACUCUGUGUGAAUGUACAACCUGUGCAUCAAGUAAGACCUCAAGAGGUGGAAGUGGAUCAAGAGGGGUUUCAGAGGGCACUUAGACCAAUAAGAGUGAGAGUUUCUUCUGUGGAACCCACUCAAACUGCAAAUCCUUUCCAGUUACUUAAUGAUGAGCAACAGGAGCAAGUUUCUCCACAACUGCAAGACAGUUCUGGUGAUCACAGAUGUAAGCAGAGUGAAGUGUGUAGAUUCAUUCAGCAGCAUGGAAUUGGAUUGGUUGGUCUCCUAGAGCACAAGGUAAAGUUGCCAAAUCUGGGUAAACUUUAUCAGAAGAUUUUCUCUAGUUGGUGUUUCACUAGCAACUCAAGCUUCCAUUCUGGAGGUAGAAUAAUUGUGGCUUGGAAUCCUGGUAGUUUCACUGUCAGCAUUUUGUCUGUUACAGCUCAACAUAUUCACUGUCUUGUCGCUCCUAUGAGUGGUAUGCCAGCUUUCUUUUGCACUUUUGUGUAUGCUUUCAAUGAUAGUAAGCAGAGAGAGAGGUUAUGGAGUGAUUUGAGAGAGAGAAUUGGUUCUGCUGUUAGACAAUCUGAAAUUGCUGACAUUAAUGCUUGUAUGCACUGUUGUAGCAUGGAAGAUAUCAAAAGUAGUGGUCAUUUCUUUACUUGGAACAAUAAGCAGGAAGGAGCAAAUAGGGUCUUUUCUAAAUUGGAUAGGGUUCUUGCUAACCCUAAAUGGGUUGAUUCUUAUUCUGCUGCUGAGGUGUGUUUCCUGAGUGAAGGUGCUUUUGAUCACUCACCUGGGUUGCUCACUGUUUACCCUAAGAGUAAUGGGGGGAAGAAACCUUUUAAAUACUUCACUAUGUGGAAAAGUGCUCCAAAGUUUGGUGAGAUUGUUAAAACUCAAUGGGAUAGACCCAUUUCUGGAAGUAAAAUGUUUGUAGUGGUAUCUAAGUUGAAGAGAGUGAAGUUGGCUUUGAAAGAGCUUAAUAAGACUGGUUUUUCUGAUGUACAUGCUGCAGACUUGAAGGCCUAUCAUGACUUAUUAGCUGCUCAAGAAGCUAUGCAUCUUCAUCCUGAUGAUCAUUCACUUGCUAAUGAAGAGUUAGAUGCUAUUAAGACAUACAAAGAUAAACAUCAGGUUUAUUUGGAUUUUUUGAGGCAAAAAGCUAAAGUUGAGUGGAUCAAGAGUGGGGAUGAGAAUACUACUUUGUUUCACCAGAGUAUAAAAAGAAGAAAUUUGCAGAAUCAAGUGUAUAGUAUUCAUGAUAAGAAUGGAGUUUGGAGGGAUAAUCCUACUGAGGUUACUAGUGCUUUCUUGGAGUAUUAUGAAUGUUUAUUGGGUGGUAAUAGUACUCAAAGAGCUGAAGUUCUUUCUCAUAUAGUUCAAACAGGUCCAUUGGUUACAGAUGCUCACAGAGCUAUUCUAAAUGCUCCUUACACUAGAGAAGAGGUGAAGAGUGCUUUAUGGUCUAUUCCAGGUGUUAAAGCACCAGGGCCAGAUGGAUUUGGAUCAUUCUUUUACAGAGAUGCUUGGCACAUAGUGGGGGAUGAUGUGAUUGCUGCUGUGUUAGAUGUGCUGCAGAGUGGUAAAUUGUUGAAGGAGCUGAAUCAUACUGUUAUUACUCUUAUUCCCAAGACUAAAUGCCCAAAAAAUGUGAGUGAAUACAGACCUAUAUCUUGCUGUAACACCUUAUAUAAAUGCGUUACCAAGGUAUUAUGUGGGAGAAUGAGACAGAUCUUGCCUGAUCUUAUCCAGGAGAAUCAGGGUGGUUUUGUACAUGGGAGGUACAUUGUUCACAAUAUCAUGGUGAUCCAAGAUUUGGUUAAGCAGUAUGGUAGGAAAUCAGUAAAGCCUAGCUGUUUGAUGAAAAUAGAUUUACAGAAGGCAUAUGAUACAGUGGAUUGGGGGUUUCUGAAAUCUAUGCUUGAGCAGUUGGGUUUCCCCACUUCUUUUGUGCAGAUUGUUAUGGAGUGUGUCACUACUCCCAUGUUUUCUUUGAUGGUUAAUGGCUCAAUGCAAGGUUUUUUCAAAUCCAAAAGAGGAUUGAGAUAA